CUCAGGACCAAGGCAUCCCUGAAGCCCAAAUGGUGUGAUUUCCACAUACUUUGCUGAACACCCAGCCACAUGCCUAUGAGCGUACAGGCUGUCUAGACAGCACAGACAGCAAGUUGCUCUUGACCCCCUGCAAGGCCACUGUGGGCAACUAUUAGAGAACAGGUUCCUCAUUACACAGAGUUGAUGGUUUCCUGAAAUUUAAAAGGCUUUUUUGAGCAAUUCCUGUCCUGAGACUAGAGGUGCUUCCCAUGGCUCCAGUGAACCAGUCAGCUAUAACCAUGUUCAUCCUGCAAAACUUCGUUGAUGACCCCUGGAUCCAGGAUGUUCUCUUCUGCCUCCUCUUUGCCUUGUUUAUGGCAGCCAUAGCUGGCAAUGGCCUGAUCAUCGCCACCAUUCACAGCAGUCCCAACCUCCACACUCCCAUGUACUUCUUCCUAGUCAACCUUGCCCUGAUGGAUAUGAUCUGCACUGUGACUGUCUUGCCCAAAGUCCUGCAGAGCCUGGUGGCAGAGAACAGCAUAUCUUAUGGAGGAUGCCUCAUACAGAUGUUUGUCUUCUCCUGGGUCCUGGGCUCUGAGCUUCUGCUUUUCUCUGCCAUGGCCUAUGACCGCUACCUUGCAAUCUGUCGGCCACUGCACUAUGGUACCCUCAUGAGUGGCAGGGUCUGUGUGGCCCUUGCAACCUUUGUGUGGUUCAUUGGAGCUCUCAAUUCCUUGGUGCUCACUUGUCUGGUGUUGCCACUGUCUUUCUGUGGUUCCAAUCUCAUUGCACACUUCUUCUGUGAGAUCCCUUCUGUAUUGAUACUGUCCUGCAGUCCCACCUUUAUCAACAAUGUCAUGACUGUCAUUGCAGACAUGUUCCUGACAGGCCUGAACUUCCUGUUGACUAUGACAUCCUAUGUCUUCAUCAUUUCCAGCAUCCUGCGCAUCCGCUCAGCUGAGGGCAAGAAGCGUGCCUUCUCCACCUGCUCUGCCCACCUGGUUGUGGUCACCCUUUAUUACUCUACUGCUCUAUAUACUUAUGUCCGACCAGCCCUAGGAACUGCUGGGCUCCUGGACAAGGUCAUUGCUAUUCCGUACACAACUGUGACCCCAUCUCUGAACCCCCUUAUCUAUACUCUGAGAAACAAGGAAUUCAAAACAUCCUUUAAAAAACUUUUAUUUCCCCGUUGAUGACUUUGAGCUUGGAGAAGAGCUGGCAAGGAGCUCAAGGGAUCACUGAAACCUUCCUUUCUGUAACAUCUGACUCCGGAGGGCACAGGCUAAGUUAUAGCCUGGGACAGCUGUCCAAAGUCUGUAUACAGAAAAUCAUGCUGUCUACAAGAUGUUUUAGUAAGCUUUAGCCAUUUCUACUUCAUACAUAGAUGUGUGUGCUUAUAAGUUCAAUGCUCUUAAAUGUUAAGAUGCUUCUAUGACUGAACCAAAUGUAGUUAAAUAUUGAGUAUAGUCCUUUUAAUGACCUAUUUAAAAUUCCCUGAUCCUCUGUGUCACUGGCUGCAAGUGAAUGCUUAUAGAGAUAAAGAAACAUGACUCCCUCUGCUCCCACCCCCGCCAUACACACAUCUGCUCUGAGCAUUUGCUGGCCUGAUUUGGCUGUUUUCAUCUUUCUUAUUCUUAUCUCACAGUUUACACUGGUGCUUGGAUCAUUUAAUAGUUGAAGGAAGGAAACUAAUAAACAAACUGAGUUAGGGCUGGGUAUGGGGGCCUAGGAUCUCUAUGGAAAUGUCUCUGAUCUCAAGACACAGAUUGGAGUUAGACACUGGCAUGGUGGCUUCUUCUCAGAUCUGAUGCCAUUGCAAAGAUUUGCUAAGUCAUAACUAAUUUGUACUUCAGCAUUUCUCCUGCUGUGUGAGUUUUGUGUGACAUGACCAUUCUUCACGGGUUAUUAUUAUUCAACACUGCAUGUUGUCUGUAAUGUUCACCUGAUACGAGCUCUGUUUCACUGCAAAAGGAGCUCAGAAAUAGAGUUUUUCAGAUGGGUUCAUGUUGAUGUGAGCAUUUUGAGCAUUAAACCCAUUGUGGUGUUUGCCUAUAUGUGGUAGAGAGUCAUGCAACUAAUGCAGAAGAAAUGGCAACAAACACAAAACAACAACAAUAACAACAACAUACAUACAUACAUACAUGCAUACAUACAUACAUACAUGAUUAAGAGAUGAGGUAAACAGGAUGGGGGAAAAUAACAGGAAAAACAAGACUGGGUCAAUGAACCAUGGCUGUGAUGAUUAAUAUAUUCAGUUAUUUUGACUAGACUAACCUCUAAAAAUAUUGAUGAGAGGCCCUCUAUGAGUAUCUGUAAAUGUUUUCUGAAGAGGAUCCACUGAGCAGCUGUAACCCAUCUCCAGUGUGGUUAGCACCAUGACAUGCACUGUGGACAGGCAAGAAUGGGACCAGGUGGAAGGAGAAACUAGCUUAACUUCCUCCAUUCUCUGUCUGCUCAAUGACUGCAGAGUCAAGGCAAAAAUAAGGAAAGAAAAUAAAGACUUCCUGGGAAUCAAUGAAAAUGAAUCCACAAUAUACCCAAAUUAGGGAACACAACGAAAGCAAUGCUAAGAGGAGCAUACAUAGCACUACAUAGGUAAAUAAAGUUGGAGAGAUCGCCUACUAGCAAAUUAAGAAAAGAACUGAAACUCCAGAAUACUGCAGGACUAGGUGUCUCCUUUCCCUCUGAGGCCAGACAAGGCAGCCUAGUUAGAGGAACAGUAUUCAAAGGCAGGUAACAGACUUACGGAUGGCCCUUGCUCCAGUUGUUGGCACACCCCCGAAUGGAGACUGAACUGCACAUAUGUUACAUGUGUGUGUGGCGGGGAGGUAGGAGAUAGCCCAUGUAUGCUUUUUGGCUGGUGGUUCAAUCUCUGGGAGUCACCAAGGGUCCAGGCCAGUUGACUCUGUUGAUCUUCCUAUGGGGUUCCUAUCCUAUCUGGGUCCCUCAAUCUUUCUCCCUAUUCUUCCACAAGACUCCUGGAGCUCUGUCUAAUGUUUGGCUAUGGGUCCCUGCAUCUCUUUCUGUGAGCUGCUGGCAGUAGCCUCCUAGAGGACAGUUAUACUGAGAUCUUGUCUGCAAGCAUAACAGAGUAUCAUUAGUAGUGUCAGGAAUUGGUUCUUGCCCGUGGGAUGGCUUUCAAGUUGGGCCUGUCAUUAGUUGGCCAUUCCCUCAGUCCCUGCUCCAUCUUUAACCCUGCACUUCUUGUAGGCAGGAGAAAUUUUGGGUCAAAGAUUUUAUGGGGUUGAAGUCAUUAUCCCUCCACUGGGGGUUCUGCCUGGCUACAGGAUGUGGCAAUUUCAGGUUGCAUAUCCCCACUGCUAGGAGUCUUAGCUAGAGUCACUCCCAUAGACUCCUGGGAAUCUUGCCCAUCCCAGGUCUCUGGCAUGUCCUAGAGAUGCCCCCCAUCCCUGCCAGCUGCAGAUUCCCAUUCACUCUCCUGGCCUUCUCUCCUAGUCUUUCCCCACACCUGAUUCUGAUUCCCUUUUCCCCAUUCCCAUGCCACCCAGUUCCCUCUCUUCAUCUGUGUCCAAUGACUAUUUUAUUCCCCUUCUGAAUGAGAUUUAAGCAUCCUUGCUUGGAUCAAUCUUUUUAUUUAGCUUGUUUAGGUCUGUGGAUUUUAGUGUGUGUAUCCUAUACUUAAUGACUAAUAACCACUUAUAAAUGAGUAUGUACCAUGCAUGUCCUUUAAUGUCUGGGUUACCUCACUCGGGAUGAUAUUUUCUAAUUUCAUCCAUUUACCUGCAAUUGUUUUUAAUAGCUGAGUGGUAUUCCAUUGUAUAAAUGAACCACAUUUUCUGUAUCCAUUCUUUGGUUGAGGGGCACCUAAGUUGUUCUGUUUCUGGCUAUUAUGAAUAAAGCUGCUAUGAAUAUA